CAAUGUUAUUUUUCUGACUGCUGCUAGUGGACGAGAAAUUUGGUCUCGCGGAGAAGUGAGUGGGUUUGUGCUGGUGUUCGUGUUCGAUAUUGUGAUUUAUUAGUAAUAGAUCACGAAGAUGUCGUCACCGAGCGCUGGGAAACGUCGGAUGGACACAGAUGUCAUCAAACUCAUUGAAAGCAAGCACGAGGUUACCAUAUUGGGUGGGCUCAACGAGUUCUGCGUGAAAUUCUUCGGACCCCCAGGAACCCCAUACGAGGGUGGCGUGUGGCGCGUACGCGUGCACCUCCCCGACCACUACCCCUUCAAGUCGCCCUCUAUCGGUUUUAUGAACAAGGUCUACCAUCCCAACAUCGACGAGGUAUCGGGCACUGUAUGCUUGGACGUUAUCAAUCAGGCCUGGACCGCACUUUACGAUUUAUCGAACAUAUUCGAGUCGUUCCUCCCACAACUGCUGACCUACCCCAACCCCAUUGACCCGCUGAACGGAGACGCUGCCGCCAUGUACCUGCACAAGCCUGAAGAGUAUAAGAAGAAAGUUUCAGAUUACGUGAGAAGAUUCGCCACAGAAGAGGCUCUGCUCGAGAAAGACGCCAUCACGGGCAUGGGCGGCGCGCCCGCCGGCUCGUCGGCCGGCAAGGCCAACGGCGCCGCCAACAACAACGCGUCCGACACCGAGAGCUCCAUGAGCGACUUCAGCGACGACGAGGCGCACGGCAUGGAGUUAUAACGCACGCCCGCGCCGCCGCCGCCACGCUCGCUCGCCGCCGCCGCCGCCCGCCGGCACCGGCACGCGCCGGUGCUGCCCGUUGGCUGCCGUUAGGUUUUUUCAAUUUGGAAACGUUGAAGAAACGUUGAUUUCGAAAUUGUACAUAGUCGAGGAAAAGUCCCGUUCGUCUGCUAUUUAAUUUGUUUUAUUUAAAGUUACCUAUGUGCAGUUCUAUAGUAAAAA